CAGUUUAUGGUGAUUGCUUGUGUAGACUCCCGGGUUUGCCCUUCCAACAUCCUCGGAUUCCAGCCAGGAGAAGCCUUUAUGAUCCGGAAUGUUGCAAAUCUUGUUCCUUCACUGGAGAGUGGACCAUCAGAAACAAAUGCUGCUCUUGAGUUUGCGGUGAACACCCUUGAAGUAAGUAUUUCUUGUGAACAAAUACACCAUCUUUUUCUGUUUCUUAGCACUAAGAUCAGAUAUACACAAGGACACCAGCUACUGGUAAUUGAUGAGUCUGAAAAAGGGAAAGUAGAGGCAUGAUGCCAAACUAAGAUAGUAAUUUUAUGAUUUUAAUUGUUACCUGAAGUGUUGCUUUUGAAUCUGCUAUGUAAUGUGCCUGAAAUGGUUAUGUACUUGCAUCUUGUGGGUACAAAAUGGUCGCUGCCUCCAGUAGGUGGAAAACAUAUUUAUCAUUGGCCACAGUUGCUGUGCUGGAAUUCAAGCCCUUAUGAAUUUGCAAGAUGAUGAAGAAUCAAGUUUUGUCAAAAGUUGGGUUUCUAAAGGAAAAGUUGCCAAGUUAAGAACACAAGCUAAAGCAAAUCAUCUCAAUUUCGAUGAGCAAUGCAGAUAUUGUGAGAAGGAAUCAAUCAACCGGUCAUUGCUGAACUUGCUAACAUAUCCAUGGAUAAAAGACAGAGUGAGGAAAGACUUGCUAUUUGUUCAUGGAGGAUACUAUGAUUUUCUUAAUUGCACGUUCGAGAAGUGGACACUAGAUCUCGAAGGAAACAAUAUUGAAGAAAAGGGUAGCUACUCAGUGAAGGACCAUGAAAUCUGGUGCUGAGUUUCAUGCUUCUCCUUCCAUUCCCCAGUGUUUCCCACGUUACAAGUAUAUAUUGUAAUUUGUAUUCAAUCCACCUUUUUUUCUAGUAAAUAUUGUAAAAAUAAGGAACUGAUUAUUAAUAAAGACAAAACAGAUCA